CAUUACCGUUUCUCAGCCAUCGACAUACCCUACGCAAGGUCACCUCCUGCACCCUUCACCGUUUGAUCUACCUGCUGGAUCAGGCAGCCCUUCGCUCGAUCUGAACAAUCAACUCUCGGCUCUGUCUUGUCACGAUAUUGAUCUAGCCGAUAUCCCUCCAGGGAUAAGCAAUGCAGACUGGCAUUCAUCCUUCUCUUCUGAUGAACGUCUCACAGGCAUACAGCCCCAACCAUCUCAUUUUCCCCCCGGGAGUACGAGGUAUGCAAUCGAUCAUUCCUUCCUACUCAGGAGACUUUAGCCGGGACCCAUACUACCAACAGUCAAUGUACUCUGCGCUACAAGGAGUAGCUUAUGACUGGACCGACAUGUCUAACUAUCCCAAUGACCAAUUUCCUCCGAACCCGGAGAUCCCCAUGAUACCUGCAUCGAACUCUCCUCUUCCGUUCAACACAAGGCAGCGGGAUGGUCGACAGAACUUCCUCACCUUACAAGAUCCACAAGCACGGAGUAUAUCUCCUGGCCAUCAGAUGGGUCCCUCGGGGCAGCAGUCGUCGUUUGGAGGCAGGGGAGACAUGUCGUUUUCGUCAGGUUCUCUGCCGGUUCCUUCUCACGAAUCGAAUCUUCGAGGGCCAUACCCGGUGGGUAUGAUACCCACAAGCACGCAGACUCCUCCGGGCCAAUAUAUCUCUUCACCUCCGCAGUAUCCUUCUAACCAGGCCCAGUACGACUUCUCUUCACAGUCCUUUAGAUCGUCCUACCAUGCGUCUAUUAGCCCUGAGCCUCAGCGAUCGAGUGUGGCAACAUCGCAUAUACCCACCAGCUCUCCCGGCAGUCAGUCAGACCCUGACCAUCAGGUUCGUGUGAUCGAAGCGAGGCCAAAGCCACAAUGCUGGGAUCAUGGUUGCAACGGGCGUGAAUUCUCCACAUUCAGUAAUCUAUUACGGCAUCAGCGGGAAAGAGCAGGGGCUUCCAGCAAGUCUGAGUGCCCAUACUGCGGUACUGUCUUUACGAGAACGACCGCACGAAACGUACACAUCUCACAGGGGAAGUGCAAGGCAGCCAAGGAAUCUACUGCUUAAUUACAUGGCCAGGAGUUGAGAUGACCAGUUCAUCUCCUGGGAAGAUGUGUAUAACAUCCUUGCGUGUCUAAGUAUGGUUCUUUCUUGCAGAGGGGACUAAUGGCUUCAUUCAAUUCUUCUUUGACCGCAAGCAAAAGGCUUGGUCAAGGUGUAAGGCCCGGUGGAGUUAGAGGUCGCAGCAUUAUAGAGUUUGAGCAUUUUUGGUGGCGUUUCAUUUCAAUUCUCAAUAUAAUAUAUAUAUAUAUAGAACUCGUGAGGAGCAAUUGUGCUUUUACCCCAUACCAGUUCCC